AUGUCUCUGAAUUCUGUAGGGUAGGUCAAAACCAAGUCGAAAGGUAGGUGUUGUCGCAAAGCAAUUGGUUAAACGUUUUAUGAGGUUUGUUAUUUCGUCGAUAACGUGGAAAUUUGUAAUAAUUUAAUUCCAUUGCAUAAUUCGUUGAAAUAUGGCGGAUCCUAGAGUAAAAGUUAUUAAGAUCAAGACAGGUGUCGUGAAACGUCUGACGAAGGAAAAGGUGGUAUAUGAACAAGAAGCAGAGAAACAGAAAGAGAGAGUCCAGAAACUCAAAGAAGAAGAAAAAGAUGAACAUAUUAUACGGAAACAAGAAGAAGUAUUGCAAGAGUCUAUGAUGAUGGUUCCAGAUUGCCAGCGACGCUUAUGGAAGGCUUAUGAGGAACUCAAGGGAAUAAUUGACAAUGAAUCAGACAUGGCUGAAAAUGAAGAUUAUAUGGCAGCUGUGAAGGCUUUGGAAGAUGCGAAACCUCAGCUGCCAACAAUAAUGGCAAACAUGUCUUAAAACUUUAUUGAACUAAUUGUAUUUUAAAAGACAGUUUUAAUGACAUUCCGUGCUUCAUAUUACAAGUGACAGCACUAAUAAUUUGCAUUUAACAUAAGUUUAAUAUUUUGUGUACUUCGGAGGACUUAAAGGAAAAGGU